AUGACGUCGCUAUCCUUCUCCAGACAGCAGCGCCUGUCCUCCUCCAUCUUCCCCUUCCACAACAAGCCGAGGACGACCGUAGAGGGCUAUGAUAUGGACGAGCUGGAGCCCCGCCCCAUCGACUCCCUGUACCACGAUGACGACGGUCCCGGGUCCCGUUCGAGGCAGCCCUACUCGCCGAUACGUCGACUGCCCAGGUCGCCUAGCCCCGAUGCCUGGCAGGAUAGGGAGAGCUCGACAAGCUCCCUCUCGCAGUUCCGACCGAAGCCCAUGUUCAGCGGCCCGCCCCCUCCAAUAGCAGCUUCAAUUGCGCUGAGUAAGAAACCGACGUCCAACUCGAGCGACUCUCCGUCCGCCCGGAACGCGGGCUUUGGCAGCUUGCUGUUCGAUUACAACUACGACCGCGAAGCUUCCUACCGACCCGAUGCGACAUGGCGCGGCUUGAGGCGGCAGGAGAAGUCCCUGGAGAAGGAGGUCCAGCUUCUUCUGGACCAGCAGGCCAGCGGUCUCGUCGCGGGCUUGGAUGGCUUGGGGGGCGAUGAUUACAGCGACACGGGGAGCAGCACACCGACGGGGACAUUCUACUCCACUGCGACCUCCAAGUCGAGGAUGAUAAACUCCCUCCAUGUUCCGAACCAUUCCACGAGAGACGGCAAUCUGCUCCCGGUGCGGCAGCCCAAGGCGAGCAAAGCGAGAGGCUUGCGGUCGGCGCGCACUGGCUUGCGGCGGUCGAUGGCUGCACUGGCGCAGUUGAAGCUGGAGGAGGAUGUGUACGUGGAUGAAGCGUUAUCGCAGCGUCGUCGAGCACUUAACAAACUAGAGAGACUGAACCGGCAGAGAGACAACGUCACCAGUGAAAUGCACAUGUUAGAAGAGGAUGAGGAGGAGCCAUUGGGAAAGGAGCUUCGCGACCUGAGUGCCAGGCACGACUCCGUUAAUCAGGAGAUUCGUGUCCUAGAGGAGAAGCUGGUUGGAAUGAGGAACCAGAGAAAGUGGUUACGGGAGAGGAUGGAGGAUGUCAAGAACCGGCGCGAGGCUGGACUUAGCGGGUAUCGUGGGGCGCUUAAGAAUGUCGAUUCUGAAGUCACUGCUCUCAUGCACCGACCUCCUUUCCAACCCCUUGAUCUCGAAGCGUUGCAGACGGGUGCGAAGAAGCUACCGCCGACAGGUGGAGUGGAGUUUUUACGCCUCCGACCAGAGCGGAGGAAUUUGGAUAUGGCCAAGUCAUGGUGGGAGAAUGAGGUUUUGCUACUGGAGAAGAGAAAGUCACAGAUCAAGAAAGAAAAAGAGGCCCUGGACAAUGGCUCCGAGAUAUGGGAUGAAGUAAUGCGGCUUGUAUCUGAUUACGAGACUCGUUUGAGGCAGUUGAUGCAAGAGCCUGCGGAAACUUCUUCUAGCAAAGGCAAGGAGAAGGUGCCCUCGCAAGAAUCUAUCAUACAGAGUCAGCUCCCUGAGAUGGACAAAGUUGUUACAGCAUUGGAGAGUCAUAUGAAGACUGCCGAGGAGAAGCGCUGGAAUCUUCUGAUCUGUGCCAUUGGAGCCGAGCUGGAAGCAUUUGAAGAAGCGAGGAGCAUGCUUCAGCAUGUGCUUGACGAGACGUCGGACAAAUCUGAAGAGCCGUCGCAAUCUUUGGUAGCAGAUGAGGGCCAGAACCAUGAAGAGGGCAGCGAUAAUGAAGUUCCCCCGGAUCUUCUUGUGUCCCACUACGAGGAUCAGAACAACCCGCCUUCAGUUUCCAGUGCUGAUACGAGCCCAGUAUUUCAACGGACAAUGACGAGCGAUAGUGAUGUGCCGCCCGACUUGCUUGCAGAACACGACGCAUAA